AGAAGCAGAGGCAGAAAGCAAAAGGAAAAGGAAACAAGAGACAAUGAAAUGAGGAUUCAGAAAGCAACAACACCAAACACUUUGAUGUGUAUAAAUGGAUGAUAGAGACAGCCACAGUAUAGUUCUCAAUUUCCAAACGCAAACGCAAAACCUUCGCUAUCCUUUCCCCAGCACUUGUUCUUCGAAUUCUGAAUUGAAAGGAAAGAAUGGUAGCUGAUGGCAACUCCAAACCUGACAUCUCCAUCGCUGGAACCUUCGCCACCAGUGCUUUCUCUGCAUGUUUCGCUGAGGCGUGCACUAUUCCCUUGGACACUGCCAAAGUUAGGCUUCAGCUUCAAAAACAAGCUUUAGGUGCCAAUGUGGUGACGACGCCUAAAUAUAAGGGUAUGAUGGGGACUGUUGCGACCAUUGCUAGGGAAGAGGGUCUUGCAGCACUCUGGAAGGGCAUUGUCCCGGGGCUACAUCGUCAAUGUUUGUAUGGAGGUUUAAGAAUUGGGUUGUAUGAUCCUGUUAAGACUUUAUAUGUCGGAAAGGAUCAUGUCGGAGAUGUUCCAUUGCCCAAAAAAAUUCUUGCUGCAUUAACAACCGGUGCUGUGGCAAUUGCAGUAGCGAAUCCAACAGAUCUUGUUAAAGUUAGACUUCAAGCAGAAGGAAAAUUGCCUCCUGGUGUGCCAAGGCGUUACUCUGGAUCUUUAAAUGCAUAUUCUACAAUUGUAAAACAGGAAGGAAUUGCAGCCCUUUGGACUGGUCUUGGCCCCAAUAUAGCCAGAAAUGCUAUUAUCAACGCUGCCGAACUGGCCAGCUAUGAUCAAGUGAAACAGACGAUUUUGAAAUUGCCAGGCUUCUCUGAUAAUGUUGUAACUCAUCUCCUUUCUGGUCUAGGGGCAGGGUUUUUUGCUGUUUGUAUUGGAUCCCCAGUUGACGUGGUUAAGUCAAGAAUGAUGGGAGAUUCUAGUUACAAAAGCACCCUUGAUUGUUUCCUCAAGACAUUGAAGAACGAUGGACCUUUUGCCUUUUAUAUAGUCUUCAUCCCAAAUUUUGGACGGCUAGGAUCUUGGAACGUAAUCAUGUUUCUAACCUUAGAACAGACAUAGAAGAUCGUUGGACGUUUAGAGUCAACCUGAACACAACCAAUUUACAUGGAGGAUUUUCCAAGGAAACUGUUUGUGACUGCCAAAUGCAAUGGAGGUUAUUGAAAAUAGAGGGUCAUCUCUAUAUUUUGCUACCCAUGAUGCGGUUAAACAAGAAGAUAUAUGGAGAGAGAUAAUAGUUAUUAGAAGGGAAACAAGUAAA